AUGGAAGGGGGGUGGCCUCCUAGUGGGGGAUUCCUCCUCUGCCUCACUGUCAGCCUUCUGGUUCAAGGAAGGGCAAACACUUUCACCAUCAAUUGCUCGGGUUUUGACCAGCAUGGGGUGAACCCUGCUCUCUUCCAAGCUAUCUUUAAUCAGAAGGACUUCCGUCCAGUCGUCAACUACAGCAUCCCCACCCGUGUCAACAUCUCCUUCACCCUGUCUGCCAUCUUGGAAGUGAAUGCACAACUUCAGCUGCUGACGUCAUUUCUGUGGGUAAAGAUGAUUUGGAAUAACCCAUUCAUCAGCUGGAACCCUAAAGAAUGUGGUAAUAUCAAUAAACUUGCUGUGACAGCUGAGAACCUGUGGCUCCCAGACAUCUUCAUUGUAGAAUCCACGGAUGUGGAACAGAUCCCAGAAGGCCUCUCUGCAUAUAUGACUCAUAAAGGUGACAUUGUGUAUCACAAACCAACACGGGUCACCAGUAUCUGUAGCCUGGACAUCUUCUACUUCCCCUUUGACCAGCAGAACUGCACACUCACCUUUAGCUCUUUCAUCUACACAGCGGAAAACAUGUUGCUGGGCCUGGACAGGGAAGUGUGGGAGAUGGUGGACACCUCGCAUGACAUUGCCCGCACGCAAGGGGAGUGGGAGCUCCUGGGCAUCAGCAAGGCCACACCGAAGAUGUUUGUGGGCUCUCGUCUUUUUGACCGGAUUGUGUUCUUUGUGGCCAUCAGGCGCAGGCCCAGCCUCUACAUCAUAAACCUUCUGGUGCCCAGCAGCUUUCUGAUAGCCAUCGAUGCCCUCAGCUUCUACCUGCCAGCAGAAAACGAGAAUCGUGCUCCAUUCAAGAUAACCCUUUUGCUGGGUUACAACGUCUUCCUGCUCAGGAUGAACGACUUACUCCCUGCCAGUGGCGCCCCCCUCAUCAGUGUCUACUUUGCCCUGUGUCUGUCCCUGAUGGUGCUCAGCCUGCUGGAGACCAUCUUCAUCACCUACCUGCUGCACCUGGCCACCACCCAGCCCCCACCCAUGCCUCAGUGGCUCCAUUCUCUGCUUCUGCACUGCACCAGCCCAAGGAGAUGCUGCCCCACUGCACCCCAGAAGGGAAACAAGGGCCUGGACCUCACCCCCGCCCACCUGCCUGGCCUGAAGGAGCCGGGAGAGUUGGUAGGGAAGGAACUGGGACCCAGAGAGGCAGAGCGAAAUGGGGGCUCAGGAUUGACAAGGGCCCAGCUAACUGACCUGUGGAUGCAGUUUGGCUACAUGAUAGACACCUUCCUCUUCCGGCUCUACCUGCUCUUCUUGGCCUUCUCCAUCAGCACGGUCAUCGUCCUCUGGAACACCUAGGAGUCGACAAUGCAAGAGCACCCAGUGUUCAGGUUUCCUCAGCUUCAACUGACCAUCCCAGACCCUGUUCCUCUGCUCCAAACUGCAUACACAAUCCCAAGUACGCCCAUGACCCCUGC